GCGGGCCGGGGGCAUUGUCCGGCUCCGGCAGCGGUGGUCCAGCUGCAAGAGCGGCGGCGGCGGCGCGGGGCGACAGUGGGCGUCGCGCGGCCGAGACCAUGGCUGGAGGCAAAGCUGGGAAAGACAGUGGGAAAGCCAAGGCUAAGGCAGUGUCCCGCUCCCAGAGAGCUGGGCUGCAGUUUCCUGUGGGCCGGAUCCACAGACACUUGAAGACUCGCACCACAAGCCAUGGACGGGUGGGAGCCACUGCUGCUGUGUACAGUGCCGCCAUUCUGGAGUACCUCACGGCUGAGGUGCUGGAGUUGGCAGGUAAUGCCUCCAAGGAUCUCAAAGUGAAACGCAUCACUCCACGUCACUUGCAGCUUGCAAUCCGAGGUGAUGAAGAGCUGGAUUCGCUCAUCAAGGCUACCAUAGCUGGGGGCGGUGUGAUUCCACACAUCCACAAAUCUCUGAUUGGAAAGAAGGGACAGCAGAAAACUGCUUAGGAAGUGAUUUAACCACCUGCUCCCUGUUACUGUCUGUAGCUGGACAGUGGAUACUUGUGGGAUUGUGUGGAAACUUUAAGAACAGUUCAGUGGAAAAGCAUAGACAAUUGCUGUAGACAAGAUAAAAGAAACAUUUGUAUGUUUUUAGACUUGUGAAGUUUGAUAAGUCCCUUUCCCUGUGGUCAUGGUCAUGUAUUGAUUGGCCAAGUUUCUCCCUUGUGUUUUAUACAAAAAUAGAAUUGAUAAAACAUUUUUUACAAAACUAA